CAACCGGCUUCUCCCAUAAAUCUUCGCGAUCGCUGACUUACGUGGACGAAAUAACGCUGUUAUUUUGUAUUCUCGUCUUGCAUUUUCGAUCAUUGCAACAAUGUCGAAGUAUAAAUAUCUGAGGCCUGCUGGCAUGUCCGACGACGAGGACGAAGAUGACGAUGAUGAUGAUCUCUUUUUCCCGAAGAACAUCAAGGAACAAUACGAGGUCUCAAAAAAAGAUUCAAAGGAAGAGGAAAAGACAAUCGAAUUCGAUGAUGUGUCUGAUUAUGAUGAAGAACGUAUCUUGGAAGAAGACACUGCGAAUGCGUGUAUGAAGGGCAAUUUGGAUGUGAUACAAAAAUAUCUUGAAAAACAUGAUAUUAAUAAAUUUUUAUAUACUGGAUGGACACUGCUAUUAUAUGCUAUUUCAUAUGUACAACUGGAGAUAAUAGAAUAUCUGUUGAUUCAUGAUGCAGAUCCUAAUAAGCAUAAAGAUGGAUUUACACCUCUUAUGGCACUGUGUAACACCACAAAGGGAACAACUGAGAAAUCUCUUAAAAGUCUUGUACUUUUAAUACAAUCAGAAGCUAAUGUAAAUGCUACAAAUAAGCAAAGGGAAACAGCUUUAAUGUAUGCCUGUAAGUCACAAGAUAUGGAAUUUGUUGCUGAACUUAUAAAGCAUGUGAAAGACAUCAAUGUUUGUGACAGUGAUGGGAGAACUGCACUCAGCUAUGCCGUCAUUGCCAAUAAGCCAGAUAUCGUUAAAAUUCUUCUCGAUCACAAAGCAGAUAUAUCAUUGACAGACAGAAAUAAUUUGUCUGUUAAGGAUAUCGCAUAUACAAAAGGAUUCACAGAGAUAACUGCUUUAUUAGCGAAUGACGCAGAAAUAUUAACAUUUUGUCAAGAAUCACAGAUAAGUACUUGGAAAGACUUAUUUCCAGAUUUGUAUUCCAAAGAAAAAGAUGUUUUAGAUAAUGAUAUAUCGACACUACUAUAUGGAAUGGGUUUGGAAAAAUAUAAUGUUAUGUUUCAAGGAAUGGAUCUGAAAACUUUUUUACAAUUGACAGAAGAUGAUCUUUGUCGAAUAGGAAUCGAUAUCACUGUUCAUAGAAAACAAUUCCUAGAAAGUCUCGAAAAAUUUCACAAUAAAAAGUGGUCUAUACACAGUCUUGGCAUUAUCAAGAAAUCUGAUCCAUUUACAAUUUACAAUGGUGUUAUAUCGUUGGCGAAUGCAAAAAAGCAGAUUGGUGUGAUAGCUUCUAGUUUUCAAUAUAUUAAACACAGUUUGAUGAGAGCAGCGAACCAAAAUAUCCAUCUACUCCCCGAAGAAAAAAUAGGAUAUGAAGAAGCACUGAGAAAAACGCAGGACACUUUAAAAAUUCUGAAAGAUGAAAUAAUGCACAUUAAAACACUCGCACAGAAGAUCGAUAAGGAAAAUGAUAUCGGUAUACCGCCGACGUUUAUCAGUCCCAAGAAAAGUAGGUCCAGAUGGACUAUAACGUUGGGUAUUACAUUAAUGAUAGGGCUAUGUUUGUGGAAAUCGUAUAUCCCAAAACUUUGGAAUAUACGUAACGUAUAAUAUCUGGUUUUUGCAUUCCUCUCUCGAUUAAGCUUAGCAUAUUCUUCCUACAUUAUAAUAUAAAUAAGUUUUGUAAUAUUCAAGAUUUAGUUUAUACAUCUUGCAUAAGUUUGGAAUAUCAUUUUUAUACAAAGACAAAAUAUAAAAUUUUGCAAUAAUAUAUACA